ACUUCCGGUUGAGAAAACAUGGCCGCGGCCGUGCGCGACUCACGUGGGAGUGCGGGGAAGAAGCUGAAACACGCCGUCAAGAGGAAAAAGAAGAUGAAAAUGGUAGCCAAGGCUGCUGCAUCGGAGCUGGAAGAUGAGGGCCAAGACGCUGCCGACGUGGGAGGUUCCACAGGAAGGCGUGCGUCACAAAAGGGCCACUUUUCUUCUGAUGACGAAGCAGCGGAGGCUGACAAUGAAGAUGAGCUGGAACCCUGUGACGAUGACGGUGACGAUGCUGCUGGAGCCGCCGCGGGGACCAGCUCGGGCUGGGCCGACGCCAUGGCUAAAAUCCUGAACAAGAAAACCCCUAAGAGCAAACCCACCAUCCUGGUCAAAAACAGAGAGCUGGAAAAGGAAAAGGAGAAGUUAAAGCAGGAGAGACUAGAGAAGAGAAAGCAGCUCGAUAAGAAGCGGGAGUGGGAAAUGAUGUGCAGGGUCAAGCCAGAUGUGGUCACCGACAAAGACACCGAGAGGAACCUGCAGAGGAUCGCCACGAGGGGUGUGGUGCAGUUAUUCAACGCCGUCCAGAAGCAUCAGAAGAACGUUGACGAGAAGGUCAAGGAAGCCGGGAGCUCGAUCAGGAAGCGUGCGAAGUUGAUCUCAACCGUUUCCAAGAAAGAUUUCAUCAGCGUUCUCAGGGGGAUGGACGGAAGUGCAGGCGAGAAAGGUUCGACCGGAAGGAGCUCCCAGGCCAAGCAGACGGAAGUGAGAGAAGAGGGCCCAGGAUGGAGCAUCCUCCGAGACGACUUUAUGAUGGGAGCGUCCAUGAAGGACUGGGACAAAGAGAGCGACGGGCCGGACGGCAGCAGCCCGGGCGGGGGGAGCGACUCCGACACAUAGUGGACGUGCAGGAGGCACCGCGACAUCGCUCUAUUCUUCCUAGAGGAACACUUCCCGCUCCGAAAGCUGGCGGGCCAUCAGGAUGCCUGAGAAAGCCAGAAGACUUGCACUUGUCACAUAAGCUUUGUUAAAGUUACGUGUUCGAACUGUGUAUAAGUUUAAGCAUUUGUAAAAGAAAUGUCCCUCAAAACAUUUGUGAAAAGAAAUGUUUCGACUUGUCCAGCGAGAGGCUCAUUUUGCCCAUCACUGGUUUACAAGUUGGUCUUGGGUUUUGGCGUCUUGUCGCAGGUAUUGUAUUGCCAGCGUUUCCAGAAAUGCAGUGUUCUUCAUCAUGAAAAUGAACUCAACGUUAAUGUUCUCCACCUACAGAUCUGUGCAUUAUAGUUUGUGGGGGGACGGUUGGUGUUUGUUUUGGUGACCUAUUGAGAAAACGUGGGUAGUAAAGUUUUAAAUUAUAGUAUUUCUGAUUUGGAGUAAUGCUUUUAUUUUUUUUUAGAUAUUCUGGCAAAUAUAUAAGAAACAUGUCAAAUCUAUACUUUUCUAUUACUUUUAUGUGCUGGAAUGUACAUAAACAAUGCCUUAAGAUUUA